CGUGCGGUACUUUGGUACAGCCUGAGCUAUUGCCAGUCAACAUGACUUGAGUCCAUGGAUACGACGGGGAGGAUCUAAAGGGAAGCUAUUGAUAAACUAUUUAUAGUUUAUGUAUUUGCACUUAUAACCUACUGGGGCUGGCUACCCAUAUCCAGUCGUCAUUCGUUUGCGUUUUUCAUUAUUGAGUAAUAUAAGGGGGAUCAAGCAAAACUGAGUUGUUACGCAACUCAUCCACGUGAAGACACCUGCCGUUCGUGACCAGGAAAGGGGUCGGAAGUGGCUAACAUAUUUAACUCAACCUUGGACGACGACACUCGGGAAUAUGACGACGAAUUAAACUUCUAAUUAGAUGAAAAAACUUUACGGGAUUAUCAACAAUCAUGAGAUAUUGUCAUUUAUAAAACGCUGCAGUUACUUUUCAGUUUUCGUUGAUAGUGUUGGACCAUGUCCGUAAACGAGUUAUAUUCAAAGUACACUCGGGUGUGGAUCCCAGACCCAGAGGAUGUAUGGAGAGCUGCAGAGAUCAUCAAGGACUACAAGGAGGGAGAGCCAAUCCUGCACCUCAAACUUGAAGAUGAAUCGCCGUUGGAAUACCGCAUCGGACCCAAAGACAACCCUCUUCCCUUCCUCCGGAACCCUGAUAUCCUGGUGGGGGAGAAUGACCUCACAGCGCUCAGCUACCUUCACGAGCCUGCUGUCCUACACAACCUCAAAGUGCGCUUCCUCGAGCCCAACCACAUCUACACAUACUGUGGUAUCGUACUGGUGGCCAUCAACCCCUACGACCAGCUUCAGAUCUAUGGAGAGGAGGUCAUCAAUGCCUACAGUGGGCAGAACAUGGGAGACAUGGACCCACACAUCUUUGCUGUUGCUGAGGAGGCAUACAAGCAGAUGGCCAGAGAUGAGAGGAACCAAUCCAUCAUAGUAAGUGGGGAGUCGGGGGCAGGGAAGACCGUCUCUGCUAAGUACGCCAUGCGGUUCUUCGCCACUGUGGGAGGGUCGGCCAACGACACCAACGUUGAGGAGAAGGUGCUGGCCUCCAGCCCCAUCAUGGAGGCUAUUGGAAAUGCGAAAACCACGCGCAAUGACAACAGCAGUCGUUUUGGGAAGUACAUCCAGAUUGGUUUUGACAGGCGUUAUCACAUAAUAGGUGCCAACAUGCGCACAUAUCUGCUGGAGAAGUCGAGGGUGGUGUUCCAGGCUGAGGAUGAGAGGAAUUACCACAUCUUCUACCAGUUGUGUGCCUCUGCUAGCUUCCCGGAGUUCAAAGACCUAGCCUUGACCAGUGCGGAAGACUUCAUCUUCACAUCGCAAGGAGAGAACAUCUUCAUUGAGGGGGUGAAUGAUGCCGAGGACUUCAAGAAGACGAAGGAAGCCUUUACACUACUGGGUGUUAAGGAGAGCAAUCAAAGCAGCAUCUUCAGAAUCAUAGCUUCCAUCCUGCAUCUGGGGAACGUGGAGAUCUGCUCGGAGAGAGACGGAGACUCCUGCCACAUAUCAAGGAACGACCCUCACUUGACGCACUUUUGCCGGUUGCUGGGGGUGGAGCUGGAGCAGAUGGAACACUGGCUAUGUCACAGGAAGCUGGUCACCACGUCAGAGACCUACGUCAAGAACAUGUCCCGCAAACAGGCGGCUAAUGCCCGCGACGCGCUCGCCAAACACAUCUACGCACACAUGUUUGACUGGAUCGUGGAGCACGUCAACAAGUCCCUGCACACCUCCUCCAAACAACACUCCUUCAUCGGUGUUCUGGACAUCUACGGAUUUGAGACCUUUGAGAUAAACAGCUUCGAGCAGUUCUGCAUCAACUACGCCAAUGAGAAACUGCAGCAGCAGUUCAACCAACAUGUGUUCAAGCUGGAGCAGGAGGAGUACAUGAAGGAGCAGAUCCCCUGGACGCUCAUCGACUUCUAUGACAACCAGCCGUGUAUCGACCUCAUCGAGGCCAAGCUGGGCAUUCUGGACCUGCUGGAUGAGGAGUGCAAGGUGCCCAAAGGGACAGAUCAGAACUGGUGCCAGAAGCUGUACGAUCGCCUUUCAAGCAGUGUCCAUUUCCAGAAACCACGGAUGUCCAACAUAUCUUUCAUUAUCAUUCACUUUGCUGAUAAGGUUGAGUACCAGUGUGAUGGCUUCCUGGAGAAGAACAGAGACACCGUCUACGAGGAACACAUCAACAUUCUGAAGGCCAGCAAGUUUCAGCUCGUGGCGGAUCUGUUCCAGGACACUAAUAAAGACGGAAGCAGCUCCACGUCUUCUUCCAGCAAGUCCUCCAGGAUCAACGUGCGCUCAGCCAAACCGACACCUAAAGUCCCCAACAAGGAACACAGGAAAACCGUGGGCCACCAGUUCCGCAGCUCCCUGCAGCUUCUCAUGGAGACCCUGAAUGCCACCACCCCCCACUAUGUGCGUUGCAUCAAGCCUAAUGAUGAGAAGGAGGCAUUCUCGUUUGACUCUAGGAGAGCUGUGCAGCAACUGAGGGCAUGUGGAGUCCUGGAGACCAUCCGCAUCAGUGCUGCUGGGUACCCAUCAAGGUGGACGUACCCAGACUUCUUCAACAGAUACAGAGUCCUCAUGAAGAAGUCAGAUAUGACCGUAGGAGACAAGAAACUGGUGUGUAGGAACCUACUAGAGACCCUGGUCAAGGACCCAGACAAGUUCCAGUUUGGUAAGACCAAGAUCUUCUUUCGGGCGGGCCAAGUGGCCUACCUGGAGAAGCUGAGGGCAGACAAGUUCCGCUCCGCCUGCAUCAAGAUCCAGAAGACAGUGCGACGCUGGCUACAGAUGGUCCGCUACAAGAAGAUACGCAAGUCUGCCAUCACCUUGCAGAGAUUUGGCCGCGGUUACAUGGCCCGCAGGUAUGCGGAGCGGCUGCGUCUAACCCGCGCUGCUGUUAUCUGUCAGAAGCAGUAUCGUAUGGUCCGAGAGCGGACGGCCUAUCUGAGGGUGAGACAGGCUGUUGUCACCAUCCAGGCCUUUACCAGGGGCAUGUUCACCCGCAGGAUCUUCCAGGAGUUCCUUCUGCAUCACAAAGCCAUGAUCAUCCAGAAGCAUGUCCGAGGCUGGCUCACCAGGAGGAAGUUCAAGGUGGCACGGAACGCCGCCAUCACCAUCCAGUGUGCCUACCGCCGCAUGCGAGCCAAGCGGGAGCUGAAACAGCUGAAGAUUGAGGCGAGGUCCGCUCAACAUCUGAAGAAGCUCAACACGGGCAUGGAGAACAAGAUCGUCCAACUGCAGAGGAAGAUGGAUGACCAGACCAAAGAUCUGAAGACUCAGAAUGAGCAACUGGUGGUGGCCAAAGCCUCCCUGGGCUCAGAGGUGAACAAGCUGCAGAAGGAGCUGGAGACCAUGCGCAGUCGUCAGGGAGACGGCAGUCAGCUGACCUCUCUGAAGGAUGAGCUGGAGAAGCUGAGGGCGGAGCUCCAGGAAGCACAUGCCCGCAGGAAGAAGCUGGAGGAGGAGCACAGCAACGAGAAGAUGAGAUUUGAACAGAGAGUGGAGGAGCUGGAGAGGGAGAAUUCCCUGCUGAAGAGUGAAAAGGAGAAGAUGAACCAAAGGAUUCUGCACCACUCCAAGAGCACAGAAGACCAGGAGAGCAGUGCAUCCCAGAGUGUGGGUCGGGUCCAGGCAGAGCUGGAUGAGGAGAGGCAGCGCUACCAGAACCUGCUCAGGGAGUUCUCCAGACUGGAGCAGAGAUAUGACAACCUACAGGAGGCCAAGUUUCAGCCUGGCCACAGGAGGAACAAUUCUAACCAGAGCAGCCUGGAGUCUGACUCCAAUUAUCCCUCCAUUUCUACCUCGGAGGUGGGAGACACUGACGAUGCCAUCCAACUCGUAGAGGAGAUGGGAGUGGAGAAGGCAGCAAUGGACAUCGGUGUAUUCAUGAAGCUGCAGAAGCGUGUUAGGGAGCUGGAACAGGAGAGGAAGAGACUGCAAGUCAACCUGGAAAAGAUGGAGGACCAGUCUAAGCGCAAGGGCAUUGAGCCAAAGACGACAUCAGAGCAAGAGAAUGCGGAUCUGGCCUACAACAGUCUCAAGAGACAGGAGCUGGAAUCUGAGAACAAGAAGCUGAAGAAUGACCUAAACGAGCUGAGGAAGGCCAUCGCUGACCGCGCCUCCAAGAACAGCUCCUCCAAUGAGCUUCAGGACGGCUACAACCUGUUGCUGGGCCAGCUCAAGGCAGCCAAUGAGGAGCUGGAUGUGCGUAAGGAGGAGGUCCUUAUCCUCAGGAGUCAGAUUGUCACUGCAGCCCAGCAGAAAGAGAAGGACACAACCAAUCACAUUGAAACCAAUAACUUGCCUGAAUGGACCAACAGCAAGAAGCCCAUAGACAAGGAGGAGGCUCUGAGGUCCUAUCAUGGACUCUGUGAGUCUAAGAACAAAGCUUCUGACUGGGGUUAUUUGAAUGAAGAUGGCGAGCUGGGCCUGGCAUACCAGGGUCUAAAGCAAGUGGCCAGGCUGUUGGAGGCCCAGCUCCAGUCUCAGGCCAGGAAGCACGAGGAUGAGCUGGAGGCGUUCCGCACCCAGAUUGAGCUGCUAAGGGACGACAUAGAGAAGAAGCAGGAGAUGCUAAACCACACCAUGUCUCUGUCCCCUGAGGCCCAGGUGGAAUACAGCGUCCAGCAGGAGAUCACCCGCCUCACCAACGACAACCUGGACUUAAAAGAGCUUGUGGAGAAACUGGAGAAGAACGAGAGGAAGCUGAAGAAGCAGCUGAGGAUCUACAUGAAGAAAGUACAGGAGCUGGAAGUGUCCGUGACUGCAGCAGCAUCCCAGUCCACCACAGCCAAACCAGAGAUGACCCGUCAGGUGACUGUCCAGCGCAGAGAGAAGGACUUUGAGGGCAUGCUGGAGUACUACAAAGAGGACGAGGCCCUGCUGGUCAAAACGCUCAUCACCGACAUGAAGCCCCAUGCUGUAUCAGCAACAGUGCCCUGCCUACCGGCCUACAUCCUCUUCAUGUGCAUCCGCCAUGCGGACUACAUCAACGAUGACCAGAAGGUCCACUCUCUGCUCACCUCCACCAUCAACGCCAUUAAGAAGGUCCUCAAGAAAAACAAUGAUGACUUUGAGAUGACCUCCUUCUGGCUGGCCAACACGAGCCGUCUGCUGCACUGUCUCAAGCAGUACAGUGGAGAUGAGGCGUUUAUGACUCAGAACACGGCCAAGCAGAAUGAGCACUGUCUGAAGAACUUUGACCUGGCAGAGUACCGCCAGGUGCUGAGUGACCUCUCCAUCCAGAUCUACCAGCAGCUCGUCAAGGUGGCAGAGCAUGUGAUGCAGCCCAUGAUCGUGUCGGCCAUGUUGGAGAGUGAGUCUAUCCCCAGCCUUGCGGGAGUGAAGCCCAUGGGUUACAGGAACCGCUCCUCCAGCAUGGACAAGGACGAGGAGGGCCCAGGGAGCUACACCCUGGAGGCCCUGAUCAGACAGCUGGGCCAGUUCCACGGGGUGAUGGGCGAGCACGGCCUGGACCCAGAGAUAGCAGGCCAGGUGAUCCGGCAGCUGUUCUACAGCAUCAACGCUGUCACCCUCAACAACCUGCUGCUCAGGAAAGACGUCUGCUCCUGGAGCACUGGCAUGCAGCUCCGGUACAACAUCAGUCAGAUGGAGGAGUGGCUUCGGGGGAAGAACCUCCACCAGAGCGGGGCAGUGAUUAACAUGGAGCCCGUCAUCCAGGCCGCCCAGCUGCUUCAGGUCAAGAAGAAGACGUCCCAGGACGCCGAGGCCAUCUGCUCACUGUGUACCGCUCUCACCAUGCAACAGAUUGUGAAAAUCCUCAACCUCUACACCCCGCUCAACGAGUUUGAGGAAAGAGUCACUGUGUCCUUCAUCAGAAACAUCCAGAAUCGUCUGCAGGAGAGGAACGAUGUCCCAAUGCUCCUGGUGGACACCAAGCACACCUUCCCUGUCCUAUUCCCCUAUACCCCCUCAGCCCUUAGCCUGGAGACCCUUCACAUCCCUGCCAACCUCAGCCUACACUUCCUCACUCGAGUCUGAGGCUUCAGCGAGGCCUACCACAGGCCUGGUUCUUAGCAAGGAGAAGCAGAGCCCAACGGAGCUCCCUCUAACCUGGGUAGCUUUCAGUUGCUCUGCUAAACAGCAGAGGGUGCCAAGUCUACAGCACUCAAUGGAAGGCAAAAGAACCUUCCAGCUGACCAACAAUGGAUGCUGUCAAGCUUCUGUCUGUGUAAAUCCAGCAGAAUGUGUCAAGUCAUUCUUUAUAGCUGUCCACAACUGCUUCCUCUAUUUGGCGUCUUCUACAGUGGGCUAUUGAGAUGCUGUGCUUCCUCAGUUCUGUCCCAUACAGUCAAAUGUAUUUUCAUUCGCUGUAAGUCGUCUCUCUAUGGUAAGCCGACUGUAAAUACAUUCCUCUUAAAGAUGAAUUGAAUCUGUGUAAAUGUGUGCUCUCACUUCCAUUGACAAGGUAUUGAUUCCCAGUUAGCCACUCAGCCAAGCAUUGUGUCCUGUUUUAUUUAUUGUACAGUAGGCAGUGGUCUACCGUGUCAGUCUGGCUUCCUCAUGAUGAGUUAAUUGUAGCCUCACUCGUCUUUACACCCUGUCAAUGGACAGCAGAUCAGACUCGGGAGCACCCCUGCAUUGCAGUGACUCUGUUUGUGACUCACACUCUACACGCAGCACUGCUGCUCUCGAUCCUUCCUCUGCCUUGAGGAAUCCUCAGUCUUCAGAGCCCUUCUCUCGCUGAGGCUCGAGUUUGAUCUUAUAUAAUCUCUUCUGUGUUCAGAUCAGAGCACACCGUCACACCAUCUCCUACUACACGCUAUGGUCCAGGAAGUCUGAAGCGCUCAACAAAUCUCUCAACAGAGAGAUUAGUUGUUUUUACGCUGAAUUCAAUUCAAAUUAAUUGAACCCGUAUGAUCUCUGAAUCAGGAGAAGUGAAGGCAAGCUUUAUGUAAGUGGGGUAGAUCCAUGUGUUUGUGAAGACUAGGGUUGAGUAGAUGGGCGAGAGAGCACUUGAAAAUGGGACUGGAGAGUCUCCUGUACUGAGUAAGGAAAUAGCCAUUCCUGCAGGACAGUCUUAGCCUGGUUUCAAAUCUGUUUGUGCGGUCUUGCCAACUCCUGCAUGGCAUGACAAUGACUGGCAGGAGUUGGCAAGACUGCACAAACAGAUCUGGGGCCAUGCUAGGUCUGCUGCAGGACAGAGGGAUUAACCCUUUACACUUGUGGGAAUUGGCAUAUGGAUAGGGCUAAAUUGAAAUGUUUCUCACAGAAGACAUAUGGAAAGCAUAUGCAUAAGCAUGGUAGCAAUUGAAAGGGAACAGUUUGGAUGUUAUGGGGAAAUUAUUAGACCAAAGUUGAAGACACAACCUGACACACUGUAAGACUGAAUCCAAACAUUACACUGUCGAUUGGAUGUGCAUUUUACAUUUACUGUACAUUUUGCCACAUUUGUUGAUAACGAAAUCUGAAAAUACUCUGGAUACAUUCAGUAACAUGAGAAUAUUCCCUGGAAAAUGUGGGGUAGGUGCAACAUAAUACCAAACAAACGACAAGGGUUUGAGUGGGAGGACUAACUGGUUUCCCUCACUCAGACAACGAAACGUUUUGCUAAAGUUUCCCAAUUAGCAGGAGGGAUGGGGGGUCAACUUCUUGUUGCACGCGGUGCUCAAGUUCAGAACGGCUGUCAGUCAAAAUCCUACAGAGCUGUGAAGGGCAGAGCCAGAGCUCGGAUGUAAUGUAUAGCAUGCUACUGUACAUCCACUGCAUUCCAAUUUAGGUGCUUAUCAGUGCCCAAAUCUGCCAUUUCUACAACCCCGCAUACUGGUACGAGUGUAAAGGGUUAAAGGUUAAGUGGAAGUGAGAGAUUGUUCAUUAGUAAGUGAAAAGGGAGAAAAUUAGAAGUGACAUUGGAUGGGAACGGGAAGAGCCACACAGCUAUCAAAGACUACUGAUGAGAGAGGAAGAAUGAAACCUGACUUCCAAUAAUGACUACAUUUUGAGCCCAAGUAAUCGAAAGCGGCAUUUGUCUGAUUUGUUGUCGUUUCCUUGGACUGCUGCCACAGUUGUGAAGCAGAGAGCACGUGGAAGGUCAAAGUAACUUCAUGACGAUACUUGGAGAGCACUGUAUCUCAAAGUUAAGACUGCGAGCGUAUCCGCUCCAUGAAACUGAAGUAAUAAAUAACAGAUCGUGUCUGCAACUCCACUGUUUCCGCACCGGCUAUUCCUAUUGGAUAGAAAACACAUACUGUUGUUGGGCCUCUGAAGUUUUAAGCUCGUCAUCAAAUCACGUUCAGAGAUAUCAGAGCAGCUUUUACUAGAACAAAGCCUGUGUGGGGAAAGGUCUCUAGCUACUAAUGAUGCCACUAACAUGUACAGGACCAUCUUUGAUUCACCUUGUGCUUGUAUUUUGUUUGGAAUAUGUUAAUGUGUUUAUUUUAGUUAUUUUUUAUUACUGUUGAGAGUUUAUGGUAAAGGGAGCAGGCUUUUUCUAACACUACUACUCGCUCAUUUUGAGUGUCAUUCCUAUUUCUGUUGUAUGUUUUGUAGUGUGGUUAUAUAACUUGGUCUUCUGUCGAUUUUGUGCCAUUAUAGCAGAGUUUCAGAUGCAGGUUCCUAUAACAUCAUUUCUGCUACUCUCACUUGAUAUUGCUUAUGUUAAGACUGGAAGUUCAGUAUUUUUCACUGCAUUCCUCUUUAUGUCAUAACUUACGAUCAUAUCCAUUAUAUCAUGAGGCUAUACACCGAAUAAAAUAUUUCACAGGGGCCACAUCCCCAGAGAGGCCUUCAGUCUAUGGGCCAUGUGUGCCAUAAUAACAGUUAGAAAACACAAACAAUGCAUACAUUUAACAAUGUCGUAAUGUUCAUCGAUAUAAAAAUAGAGUCGCACACUCCAAAUAUAAACUCCCAGUAAUUUAUUGGGUAAAAUCAUUGAUGAAAUUGAACUGGAGUCGAGGCCCUGGUGUGUGAUUAGAGUAUGGAUGCCAGCGUUCAUACAUUGAUUGAUGUGUUGUCCUUAAUUGAAGCUCUUUCUAAAGCAGUGGUCUUGUCCUAAAGUUGAAUCUUGAUGUGGACUUUAUAGAAGUGUGUUUGAUUGUAUGCAGAUUAGUACAUGUUGCACAGUAUGCAUAUGGUGACAUGGACACAUUUAUUCUGCCAACAUCUCAUUGAAUGAUCAAGGAUUGUGAAUUAUUUUUAGAUGAAGCAUUGAAAGGCCACAAUGAUCUGGUUUUGUGGAUGAGUAAAUGAUAAGCAAAUACAUAUGACAAUGUUUUGUAUGGUCAGGGUGAUGUACGGUUUUCCAUCUUAUAUCUGUAUAAUUAGGAAAUGUAUUUAGUCAUUGGGGGGGAAAUUAAAAUAGUGUAUUGACUCAGUUUGAACAAAAUGUAACCUCACAAUCUUUCUUUGAAAAAAAUGUUGUAAAAAUGAAAUAAAAUGUUCAAUUUA